UGUCCGCACUGUGGACUCGGGUCAGUGCUUUUCGGCCUCGUGCGGACUUAACUGUCUCUCUGCUGAAAUGGGUCUGCUUUUGAUUAUAACGUAACCUGAUCAGCAUCCGAGCCCGGGAAAACAAUCCACUAUAGAUCUUUGACUAAGGAGCAACAUGGACGGGGCGGACGUGAGCCAGCUGUCCGACGAGGAGCUGCUGAUGCUGGGGAAGGAGGAGCUGGUGCGCCGGCUGCGGAGGCUGGAGAGCCGCCACAUGGAGCUGAUGCUGGAGCACGGGCACAUGAUGAAGGACGUGAACCGCAGCCUGCAGGUCCAUCUGCACGAGGUCCGCAGCCUCAAGGAGGUCAACCAGAAGCUCCAGGACGAUAACCAGGAGCUGCGCGAGCUCUGCUGCUUUCUGGACGAUGACCGGCAGAAGGGCAAGCGCGUGUCCCGGGAGUGGCAGCGGUUCGGCCGCUACACCGCCAGCGUGCUGUGGAAGGACGUGGGGCUGUACCAGCAGAAGCUGCGCGAACUGGAGCUCGGCCAGGAGGCGCUGCGGGCGGAGAACUCGGAGCUGAAGGAGAUCGUCCUGAUGCUGGACGAGGAGCGCAGCGGCGCCGGCUCCCGCAGCUCCAUCGACAGCCAGUCCAGCCUCAACAACCUCAACGGCUCCGGGGGCAUCCGGGACGUGGGCGACGGCAGCAGCACCUCGAGCACGGGCAGCGCGGGGAGCCCCGACCACCACAAAACAGAGGCCAAGAUGGCAUCACUCCGGAGGUCCAUGGACGACCUGUCCAGAGGAGCAGGGCUCAGCGAUGCGUCCAUAAACUACAUCCGACAGCUGGAGAACAGGAUGAGAAUGCUGGAAGAUGAGAACAGGCAGCUCAUAUCACAGGUGAAUGGAGGCGACGUGAAGACCCUGAGGAAAGGCCUGUCUCUGUACCACUCCGAGAGCCAGCUGUCCAACUUCCAAGAAGGAGUCCAUAAUGGAGCAGCCAGGACCCCCAGCGGAGAACCGUCCCCCACAGGAGUCUACCUCUCCCCUGGACUCUCCCCCGGACUCUCCCCCGGACUCUCCCCAGGACUCUCCCCCGGACUCUCCCCUGGACAGAAACCAGAAGCUGUGGUCCAUGCCAUGAAGGUGCUGGAGGUGCAUGAAAAACUGGACAGAACAAACACACAGGAAUAUGAAGAGGACCUGAGCGAGAAAGAGAAGGCCAUCGUCAGAGAGAUGUGCAAUGUCGUGUGGCGAAAACUUGGAGACGCCGCAGGUUCGAAGCCCUCAGUGAGACAGCAGCUUUCAGGAAACCAGUACAAAGCUCCUUUAUAGUGCUCCAGGACCCAAUGGACCAGUGACCUACCUGCACUGCAAGAAC